UCCACUGAAAUCUGUUGAUUUUCAAAGGCAGAAACUUUAUUGAGACACCAUCUAACGUGAAUAUGAAGUGGCUACUGCUACUCUGCCUGUGUGUCUAUGCUGUCCGUUGUCAAGACGACUACGACGAAUAUGACACGCCCAAAACAGUGGUGGACCCUCGUGGCCACCGACCCUUGUCCAAGGGGCGUGAGACCUACACCCCCGCCCGCAACAACCCUGUUCCCAUCAGCGGUGGUGGCCGUUACCGGGGGCGACCCACGGAGGCUCCCGCCAGAGGCACAGAGCAGGAGAAGGAGGAGCAACCAGAGGCUGGGGGAUGCACACAUGCCUCUGAAGAGAUGGGGGUGCUGUGUCCUACAGGCUGUGAGCUGAAGACGGCCAUACUGAAACAAGAGAGGAACGUAAAAGAGGAAGUCAGGAGGAUGCAGAAGGACGUGGACGACCUGUCCAGGUCCUCUAACACCAUCUAUAACUACGUAGACGGAAUGUCCUCCGCGCUGAGAGAGAGACAACUGGUCAGCAAUGAGAAUGGUGACCUGGUGAGUCAGUACACAGAUGACUUGGAGACGCAGCAUGUCUAUGCAAAGGAGGCUAUAGACACCGUGUUCCCGUCUAACAUCAGGAUACUGCAAGGAGUCCUGGAGAAGAUCCGCAUGAAGAUCCAGAGAGUGGAGAAGGCCAUCCUGGCCCAGAGAGACGGAUGCAGGGAGCAGUGCACCGUCUCCUGCCCCAUACCUGUUGUCUCUGGUAAGGAGUGUGAGGACAUCUUCAGGAAAGGCGGAAGGGAUUCUGGGAUGUAUUUGAUCCAGCCUGACUCCUUCUACCAGCCCUACAAGGUCUACUGUGACCAGACCACUCAGAAUGGAGGCUGGACCACUAUUCAGAACAGGAUGGACGGGUCUGUAGACUUCGGCCGGCGUUGGGACAACUACCGCAGCGGUUUUGGGAAUAUCGCCUUCGACGUCGGGAAGGGACACUGCAAUACUCCAGGGGAGUACUGGCUGGGUAACGAACGCAUCAGUCAGCUGACCAAGCAGGGUCCCACUGAGGUCCUCAUGGAGAUGGAGGAUUGGUCCGGCAACAAGGUCCACGCCCAGUACAAACAGUUUACUAUACAGAGCGAGGCGUCCAAAUAUGUGAUGGCGAUCAACGGGUACUCUGGUACGGCCGGUAACGUGAUGCUGGAGGGAGCUACAUCGCUGUCUGGAGAGAACCGGACCAUGACCAUCCACAACGGAAUGAUGUUCAGCACCUACGACAGAGACAACGAUAACUGGACUCCAGGUGACCCGUCCAAGCAGUGCUCGCGUGAGGACGGCGGUGGCUGGUGGUACAACAGGUGUCACUCAGCCAAUCCCAACGGCCGUUACUACUGGGGCGGGGCUUACACCCGGUACAUGGCAAAACACGGGACGGAUGACGGCAUGGUGUGGAUGAACUGGAAGGGAUCCUGGUACUCUCUCAAAGCCAUCUGCAUGAAGAUCAGGCCCUACUUCGCCUCGCGGUAGACACACCGACACACACACAGACGCACACAGACACACACACAGACACACACACAGACACACACACAGACACACACACAGGGACUGAGCGGCGCCCUACCGACUGAGCGACGCCCUACCGACUGAGCGGCGCCCUACCGACUGAGCGGCGCCCUACCGACUGAGCGGCGCCCUACCGACUGAGCGGCGCCCUACCGACUGAGCGACGCCCUACCGACUGAGCGGCGCCCUACCGACUGAGCGGCGCCCUACCGACUGAGCGGCGCCCUACCGACUGAGCGACGCCCUACCGACUGAUCGGCGCCCUACCGACUGAGCGACGUCCUACCGACUGAGCGACGUCCUACCGACUGAGCGGCGCCCUACCGACUGAGCGGCGCCCUACCGACUGAGCAACACGGGAACAGCAUGUGUUGUUCUUCUGUGUGAUGUUUGUGUGUGUGUGUGUGUGUGUGUGUGUGUGUGUGUGUGUGUAUGUGACUGUGUGUGUUUGGCUUUGGGACAAGUAUAUGUAGAAGUAUAUAUAUAUAUAUAUAUAUAUAUAUAUAUGUAUAAAAAGUAUACAAGUCGAUAUUAGCAGAGGACUGUCCCUUCCUAUACUCAAUAAAAACAAAUUGAGGAACCUA